AUGUCUGACGUUGAAGAACAAUUCGAAGAACAACCUCAAGAAGUUGUCGUUGAAGAAUUACAAGUUGUCAACUUGGCAACCCCCAUCCCUUUGGAUGUUCAAGAAGCACAACGUGAAGUCAAAUUAUUCAACAAGUGGUCUUUUGAAGAUGUUGAAAUCAACGAUGUUUCCUUAGUCGACUACAUCCAAGUCAGAUCCCCCGUGUUUGUUCCUCACACCGCCGGUAAAUACGCCACCAAGAGAUUCAGAAAGGCUCAAUGCCCAAUCAUUGAAAGAUUGACCAACUCGUUAAUGAUGAACGGUAGAAACAAUGGUAAGAAAUUGAAGGCCGUUAGAAUUGUCAAGCACGCUUUGGAAAUCAUCUACGUCUUGACUGAACAAAACCCAAUCCAAGUGGUUGUUGAUGCCAUCAUCAACUCGGGUGCUAGAGAAGACUCCACCAGAAUUGGUUCUUCGGGUACCGUGAGAAGACAAGCUGUUGAUGUUUCUCCUUUGAGAAGAGUCAACCAGGCCAUUGCCUUGAUCACCAUUGGUGCUAGAGAAGCUUCUUUCAGAAACAUCAAGACCAUUGCUGAAUGUUUGGCUGAAGAGUUGAUCAAUGCUGCCAAGGGUUCUUCUACUUCUUACGCUAUCAAGAAGAAGGAUGAGUUGGAGAGAGUUGCCAAAUCUAAUCGUUAA